UGACACGUCAGCGCUCCACGGAGGAAAGGCAGCUGGGGAAGUUCUCCUCCAGGCAGCCUAUAAGCAGGCUGUGGGGUUCCUGACUUGCUGCCCGUUCUGGCUCCAGAAGUGCCAGGGAAAUGGAGACACGUGGCUGAGAGUAGCAGCCAGACCCUGAUGCUGCCUGGUAGGAGGAGCUGCUGCCCCACAGAGGCUGGGGACAGGCAGAACUAUACUGGGCAUAAGGAAGCAAUGAUCUGUGGCUGCAGGAGGAGGAGGAGGUGGGAGAAGACAGGACUGUGCUGUGUACAGGGGCUGAGCAGGAGAUGGGAGUGAAAGAGCUGCACAGUUAGCUGCCCCUUCUUCAUACUUUUAUUUAAGAUGAAGCUGUUAGCUCUUGCUGUGUUUGCCCUGCUGUCUGUCGCUCACAGCGAGGAGGGAGCCAGGCUACUCGCCUCUAAAUCUCUGUUAAACAGAUAUGCAGUGGAGGGCAAGGACCUGACUCUGCAGUACAACAUCUACAAUGUUGGCUCCAGCGCGGCUUUGGAUGUGGAGUUGUCGGAUGAUUCUUUCCCCCCGGAAGAUUUUGGCAUUGUCUCUGGAAUGCUUAACGUCAAGUGGGACAGGAUUGCGCCAGCCAGCAACGUAUCUCACACUGUGGUCCUGAGGCCCCUCAAAGCCGGCUACUUCAACUUCACCUCGGCUACCAUCACCUACCUGGCACAGGAGGGAGGGCAGGUUGUGGUUGGCUUCACCAGUGCCCCUGGGCAGGGAGGAAUCCUGGCUCAGAGAGAGUUUGACAGGAGGUUUUCCCCUCACUUUCUCGACUGGGCAGCUUUUGGUGUGAUGACUCUUCCCUCCAUCGGAAUCCCUCUGCUGCUGUGGUACUCGAGCAAGAGAAAAUACGAUACCCCCAAGACCAAGAAGAACUGAGGAAAGCCAAAUGCAGCCAGCACCCAGAGCUUAGAACUACAGUGUACUCGGAGUAGCAGCGAUCAACCCUCCAAAUCAAGUGACUGGGCCACCGGUUCAGUGCUGGCAGGGGAGGGAUUUGUAUCAUUCUUGUGGCCAGUCGCUUUCUUGAGGUGUUUUUUUUAACCCUUUCUCAGCAGAUCUGGAGCAAAGACCUCUCCGGUUCUGUUGUAAUUAAGUUCCAGACGCAGCUGCGGUACAAGAACGCUAAUAACGCCCAAGGAGUGUGGGGGUGAGAGCCUUUCUGCAGCAUCACCCCUGCUUGCCGAAUGCCAGUCACAUGUGGCCAGAUCUCCUCAUGCCGCAAUCCUCCUCGAUCUUGGAUCAGCCCAUCACCCUCACUCCCCAGCAUUUUAUGCUUCUUGCAACUGUCACUGAGAGGAUUGAUCAAGUGACGGUAACGGAGACCUCCUUUCUAUGCAGGUGUAUUAGUGCCCUUCCCUCUCAGCCAAGCGGCGGCCUAUGAACCCCCAUAGAAAGAUGCCUGCCCUAGAGAGAAUGUUGGCUACGUUGUUCUAUUUUGGUGAGCAAUUGACCGCCGUGUUUCUGUUUUUCUGAUUACUCUGUUGAGAAGUGUGUGACUGUACGCACCAAGGGUUUUAUAAUAAAAUGAACACCACA